AUGCAAUACUACAAUACACCGAUGAUGGGAGGUGGCGGAGGAGGUAUCGGUAUGGGAAUGGGUGGAAUGGAUCCUAGAUUGCAACAGCAAAUGCAAAUGCAACAAGCUCAAUUACAACCUAUGACCAAUCCUAUGGCAAUGGGCGGACUAGGUUACGGUCAAGCUUAUAGACAAUUGGGAUACGAUUAUACUUUACCUACUUCCGUGUACAAACCUGAAGCGACAUGGGGUGCAUGGGACUUGGCAAACGCCCAAUAUAACGGAGGAAGACUUGAAAGAUCAUUUUUCGACAACAUUGUACGUUUGUUAAGAGAAUAUCAAUAUCUCAAACAUAAACACAAGUAUCAAAACAACUUACAAGAACCUUCUUCUGCUUCUCCUAAUUCUCCAAAUUUCUUGGAUAAACAGAUAUCAAGCCUAACGAAUUUUUUCGCAAAUCGACAUUUAUCCGAAGACGCAGCGAGAGAUGCUCAUCGCAGAGUAUAUUAUCAAGCUGAAGGUGCUGAUGCAGGCAACAAAACCUUGGGUGGUGCUGCCGCUUAUCAAGCUUACCUGAUCUGGGAUCGAGAUCAUUAUUCUGCUUAUCACGCUAAUCCAAGUCAGGAAAACAGGGAGAGACUCGUUGGUCUAGCAGUGGCAGAACUGUUCAGUCUCUGGGAUCGAGUCCAGCCUCGAAGUUCAAGAGCCAACACAGAAGACGCUGCUCAGUACGCCGCAGCCACCGCCAAGUACCUAUUUGACAGGCACUACGACCUUCCUCAUUCACACUCUCACCGGCGAUACGGAUCUCGACACUCCGGGUACGGAGCUGAUAACGACAGCGAUUCUGACGAUGAGCGACAUCAAAGGCGAAGAAGCUUCCACAAUCAGUCUUACGGCCUACCACCUAACGGCAUGGGCGGUAUGCAAAACCCGAUGAUGAACCAGAUGCCUAUGCAAGGAGGAAUGACGGGGGGUGGCCCAGGUAUGAUGGGACCUCAAUCGAUGGGAAUACCAGGUAUGGGGAUGCCUCAGCCUGGAAUGGGAUCGAUGGGAAUGCCAGGAGCUAUGGGCAUGGGUGCUGGAGGUGGAAUGAUGGGUAAUCCAAUGAUGAUGAAUCAGAUGGGAAUGAACGGGAUGCAAGGGAUGGGAAUGGGAAUGGGAAUGCAGCCGGGCAUGAUGAAUGGAAUGGGAAUGCCUCAGGGAAUGGGACAAGGUAUGCCCGGAAUGCAGGGUAUGAGUGGUAUGGGGAUGAUGAAUGGGAUGAUGCAAGGUGGACCAUUGGGAGGUAUGCCUGGAAACCACGGCCAAAUGGGUGAAGCUCAAGCUGGUCCCGGAAUGCACCCAUACACAUACGGAGGACAAUCAGGUGUAGCUUAUGGAAAUCAACCUAUCGAUCAAAUGGGACAAGCUACGUUUCCAGGCGGUCCAGGAAGAAGUUGGUAUGGGUAUGGUCAGCCAAGGUAUUUUUAG